CAGAAACAUCUACAGACAUCACUGAUCAAAAGUUAUCAAAAGAAUUUUGAUACGUCAAUCUGUUUAUUUCAUAAAUAUUUACUUUUGUGUCUUUAUGUACAAUUUUACAUAAAUACCCGUUAAUCAAAAUUGGCUUAAGCUAUUGUAUUUUAUUCUUCCACUAGGGGGCGCAAGAAGUUUAUUCCUAGUAAUUUGCUGCAUGGAUUAGUACAAAAUUCGGUUUUUAGGAUCUAGGGACACUAUUCAGUUGAUGCAUAAAAUUUGGUAAUGAUUGCUCAAAGUGGGUGUGACUUAUUACAAGAAAUGUAAAUUUCUAGACAUUUCUCAUUCCAAACUUCAAUAAAUCUAACUAAAUCACCCAUACAGCUGAAAUGUUUUCAGCACAUCCACUGAUACGUAACAAACGUUUACCUCACUGCAACCUACGGUCAAUUCAGAAGUCAGUCACUAUAUUUCUCAGAAUAUGCUAAUUUAAUUAACAAGUUUUUGUUCAAAUGCUACCAAAAUCAACACAGGCAUUCUCUAGAUGACCAAUAUCGAGUCUUUCAAAGGGUUUUUAGAUCGGUCAAAUAGUGAGUUGUACAGUGUGCACAACAUCUUUUUUGCUCAGUGUUGGAUCAAAUGCCACUAAAAUAAUUGACAAUACACCCUAAACCAGAAGGAUUAUGUAUGAUUUUUUUCAGAAUUUUCUCACCAGCAUUUUGACUGUUGUAAGCGUAUUUAGUUUAAACUGACAAAACUAUCUGGGCUGCGAUGGACUGGCGACCUGUCCAGGGGUGUACCCCGCCUUGCGCCCGAUGUCAGCUGGGAUAGGCUCCAGCCCCCCGCGACCCUGUACGCAGGAUAAGCGGCUGACGAUGGAUGGAUGGAAAACUAUCUGGGUGUGGCACGUGUGAUGUCACUACCUCAACUUGUGAAAAGUGUUGGUUUACAUUUUGCAAAGCUCUACUGCAGGCGGUCAUAGUAAGGAUGUCUUUGAAUGAAGAAGGGUAUGUGGUUCGGAUCAGAGGACUACCUUGGUCCUGCACGCAGGAAGAGGUGGCUAGUUUCUUCUCCGACUGUGAUAUUGUUGGCAAAGUAAGUGGAGUAUGUUUCACCUACUCUAAAGAAGGCCGUCCCAGUGGAGAGGCAUUUAUUGAGCUGAAAACAGCCGAGGAUUUCAAGAAUGCCCUCGCCAAGGACCGUAAAUACAUGGGACACCGAUACAUAGAGGUGUUCAAGUCAAACCGUAGUGAGAUGGACUGGGUGCUGAAACGUAGCGGUCCUGCUGAUUAUGACAACUGCAGUGGCUGCAUGCUGAGACUUAGAGGCCUUCCCUUUGGCUGCAGCAAGGAGGAGAUUGUUCAGUUCUUCUCAGGGUUGAGAAUCGUGCCAAAUGGGAUAACACUGCCAGUGGACUACCAGGGGAGGAGCACAGGGGAAGCCUUCGUGCAGUUUGCCUCAAAGGAGAUAGCAGAAAAGGCUCUGGGGAAACACAAGGAAAGAAUAGGGCACAGGUAUAUAGAGAUUUUUAAGAGCAGUCGUAAUGAGAUCAAAGCCUACUAUGAGCUUCCCCGGCGGGGGAUGGGAGGCCAGAGACCAGGGCCCUACGAUAGACCCGUGAUGGGGGGCCCCAGAGGAGGGUUUUUUGGGCCUGGCCCUGGCCGCGGUGGGGCUCUGAUGGACACCAUGAGGAGUGGAGGGGGCUACGGAGGAGGUUACAGUGGCUUUGACAGCUACAACGGUUUCAACAACUACUGUUUCGGCAACGGCAUGUUUGAUGAGCGAGUGAGAGGAGAGAGGGGAGGAAGAGGCAUGGGAGGCCACGGUUACAGUGGUCAAAGUGACAGUUGUUCAAGCUUCCACAGCGGCCAUUUUGUCCAUAUGAGGGGUUUACCUUUCCGUGCCACAGAGGGAGACAUCGCUAAAUUCUUCUCUCCUUUGAAUCCACUGAGGGUCCACAUUGAUGUGGCUCCAAACGGCAAGUCGACUGGAGAAGCAGAUGUGGAGUUUCGCUCCCAUGAAGACGCUGUGGCAGCCAUGUCCAAAGACAAGAACCACAUGCAGCAUCGCUAUAUUGAGCUGUUUCUUAACUCAACAGCCAGUGGGGCAACCGACAUGAGUCGUGGUGGAGGUGGAGGCGGUUACUACAGUAACUCAGGAGGGGGCGGAGGGUCACGGAGUAGUGGGCUGCGAGGUGCAUACUGAUGAUGUCAUCCCACCUCUUCUAAUCCAUCCUGAUGUUUCUGUCUCGCAUCUCUAUGGGCCACAUUUACUCGAUUAGCAUUUCUAAGCAGGAAAGCUGAUGUGAAGUCGCUCAUUUGUUCUUUUUAUUGUGUGGUUGUACUGAAACGUCACUUCACGUACUAGAACAGAACAGAUAUGACCUUAACAAGCACUAUUGUCAGUACACCAUUCCUAAAAGCUUGCAAAGAACAAAACAAUGUGUCAGUACUAAAAUGUUGGCGCUGUUGUAGGUGCUAAACGUGGCUGACUGGUCAUAUUGGAGAUUUCUUGUUUAUCUUAUAUGUUUAAGAACAGUUGGGAUGUUGUAAUCUCGUUUUUCAUGGUUCACAUUGAAAAUAGUGAUCUAAUUAAGAGAAAACACAUUUAUUCUUUUUCCCCCAGAGUUUUGAAUGGCACUUAAAGGUCAGUAACUGAAUGUCUUAACAGUUUAUAGUGACUUCAUUUGGAAACACUUUAAUUCACUUUGUUUCACAGCUCACUGUUUGUAGGAGAUCUAAGUCGGUACAGAUGCAGCAGGGAUACAGAGCUUCAUGGGACACAGAUUAACAGCUGUGAGAGUAGUUUGAUACAUGAGCAAAGAAUGAUUUUGUUUGGCACUGUCAGGACUGAGCAUGGUCACUUUGAAUCUCAUCACGUGAUAUUAAGUCUGCUUUGACUUGUUGAUGUGGGUGAUGCUCUUUAGGAGGUAGAGCAGUGAGAAGCAACGUCAAAACAUUACUUUGUAAAAAGUUCAGAUUUAAAAAAAAAAAAAAAAAACAGUUUUAAAGUUCUUUGUUUAUUCUGGUUUUAAUUUAUUUUCGGCAGAACACUUUUCCAGUAAAACACUGAUUCAAAGUGGAUUUGAGAUUAGCUUUCCUGCUUUGAAAUGUUUUAUAAAUGUGAGCCAGUGUGUUUUUUAUGAAUGUUUUCACAAUUCAUUACAGAAUUUAAAACUAAGUUGAAUAUUAUAUUCCACUCCGAGUGGAAGUAAAAGAAAGUCUCUAUAUUUGAGCUGUAAAAUAGCUUAUGCAGCUGUUGUACAUUUUGCCGAAUAAAUUUUAUAUUUAAUUCUC